GCUCAAAUGGAUAUGGAUCCGCCUGGAGAAAGUCAGUGGCUAUGGUCUUCUUGUUCCGGGUUGCUGCCUACCAGUAAUCUACAAGGGCAGAGCUCGAUGGAGCCACACAUGGCACACACGGCAACAGAGUCGAGUCUACAACGGGACUCGUCGCUGCUGCCGUUUCAAAGAGGAGGGCGAGUAGUAACGCAGCGAGCAGCAGUGUGUACAUGCUCCAGGAGUACAGUGAUGCCUGGUAGCGAUGGGAAGUGGGGUCGGGAGAGUAGGUAUGUAGUUGGGCGUGGAACAGGGAGGAUGCAAAAAGCAGUGAGGAGUGAGCGGGCUCAGUUUCCAGGGAGAGAGCAGUUGAGAUGGAUCAACAAGAGCAAUAAUUCUUGGAAAGUAUGGGGUAAGGCGGAAGUUGCGCGACUGCGUAUACCUUGA